GAGUUUUGUCCCUCUCACGGUCCCGUCGCUGCAAAGCAAGUUUCGCUUUUCGCGAAGUCCUUCCAAAGGUCCUGCAGAAACUCGGACCCGCUCCGCCGCGGCAGAGAGCUCGCAGCCCGGCCACUGCAGGCUCUCCCACCCCCACCCGGAGCCGAGAUCCAGGCAGACAGAGGCGGGGGAGCUCCGAGCACCGCCCCCGACUUUACACGAGGCCGCGGCGAGACCGGGGGGGUCGAGCUGAGAGUCAGCCCGGGAGGAGGCAUGGAUUCGUGGGUGCGGUUCAGCUCUCAGAGCCAGGCGAAGGAGAGACUGUUCAGGGCUGCCCAGUACGCCUGCACACUCCUGGGAUACACCUUCCAGAAGAGCGGGGCGAGCCCGGACCUGGUAGCAAAGAUCAAGCAGCUGGAGGCUCACAUGAGCCUGGGCAGAAAGUUGUUUCGGCUGGGGAACUCUGCAGAUGCUCUGGAGGCAGCGAAGCGGGGGAUGCACCUCUCCGACAGCGUCCUGCGACUCUGCAUCACCGUCGCCCACCUCAACAGGGCCAUGUACUUCGCCUGCGACAACGUGCUGUGGGCCGGGAAAGCUGGGGUCGUCCGCAAACUGGACCAGGACAAGUGGAGCCAGCGGUCCUUCAGGUACUAUCUGUUUGCCCUGAUCAUGAACCUAAGCCGAGACGUCUAUGAGCUCAGCUUGCUGAUGGAGCGAGAGCCUCGCGGUCCCAAGGGCAGCAGUGCGUGCUCCAGCCCCGUCUCGGAGAGCAGGGAGGCAGCUCCGGGCUCGGGCCUGGACCCCAACGCCCUGCCCCAGCGCCUGCGAGCACAGCUCCUCCUGCUGGCCACGGUGCUGCGCUGCAACCCGCCCCUGCUGCUGGACCUGGUGAAGAACACCUGCGACCUGUUCAUCCCACUGGACCGGCUGGGUCUGUACAGAACCAACCCCGGCUUCGUGGGAGCCUGCGGGCUCGCCUCCUCCCUGCUCUCCAUCCUCACCAUCAUAUACCCCUGGCUCAAACUGAAACCCUGAGGGAGAGGAGGGGGCCACUGAUACUGAUACACACACACACACACGCACUGACACACACACAGAAACACAAAGAGACAUGCACACACUCACACAGAAAUGUAUAUACAAUGUGAUUCAUAAUUCACGCAACAUGGUUGUUUUUAAUUCUACUUAAAAUGUUCUUGAGCAGCCCUCUUGUGGCAUUGCAGGUACAUGCUCCCCUUCUCAUCCUCCAUGUACCCCCCCCCCCACACACACACGCACUUUUCCCUAUGCUUUGAUAACGUUUCGUGAAUUAUGAGUCGGCCUGCAUUUGUCUUGCAUACUCUGCAACGAUUAAAAAGCACUGAGCCUCAAACGGCAUUUUAAUUCAUCUCUUUCCCCUCUCCGGUUUUUUUGAGUAGUUUCUGGCUUCUACAGUACAGUAAAGCUAACUCGGCCUGUAUGAGGCUGUGCGCUUGUCUGGAGACGUGCCCAGCCAUGAACAGCCUCCUUCAUUCCAUUCAAAGUCGCAAUGAGCACUGGCACUUUUGUACAGUAGGGUUCUCCAGACAAGCUGAAAGACCAGUGUAGCCAGAUUGUAUAAUAACUCAGCAUUGUGGACUCAGAACCCACUGCAAGGGGGAACGGAUUGCGAAACUGCUUCAUCUUAAAGAGAUGUUCAGAGCGUCUCCCAUGCCUGACCCUCAGAGCCCUCCCUGCGUCAGGAUGGGGUGUGGCCGUCGUGGACAGUAAUGGAGCCGUGGCAUCGUUUCUGCACGCUGGAGAGGAGCGUGUGGGUGCGAGCCUGCGUACGCGCUGCUUACACACAGCUCCGAACGCCCCUGAUUGUUCAGAGCAGAGGGACCCAACAGAAACGGGUUCACUCCUCUUCAAAUCUGAUUGCAGAGUUGCACGCCUGAUCAUCUCACUUCUGUGUUUUGACUGAUCAAGAUGCCCAGGGCUAGAUCUUCAAAGCGUGUCCCCCCACAUUUCUGUCAAUGGGGUGGAGAGCGGUCGCGGGGAGCCAGGGAGGCCCUGCCUUGAAGUAACGAGCCUGCAGGAUGUUUAAAAUGUUCAGUAGUUGUUCUCGGCGAUUAACGCCUCUUAUGUCUUUUU